CGGAGAGAGGCCGCGGUGGAGUAAGAGCAGCCAGUAACCAACCCCUUUUCAAUCAGAGGCUACCGCUGCGCCCCCGAAGCCUCCUCGCUCGCCACCCGCUCACCGGAGACAGAGAGAGGUCGAUGGCGAGCUCGCUGGCCCGCCUGGGGGCGGCGCUGCCCCGCGCGCGCCCGCGUGCCGCGGCGCGUGUCAUGCCACCGGGGCGGUGGGACGCCGCGGCGCUCGGCGCCUCCCGCCGCGCCGCGCUGAAUGUUGGCAGAUGCCAAGUUCACUCCGAUGUGAAAGUAGCCCCUACAUCGGACCUGAAGGACGAAGACAACUCAUCCAAAAAUUGGAGGAUCAAGAUGCUCUACGACGGUGAUUGCCCGCUCUGUAUGCGUGAGGUAAACAUGCUGAGAGAAAGAAACAAAUCCUAUGGAGCAAUAAAAUUCGUUGACAUAAGCUCGAAAGAUUACUCUCCAGAUGACAAUCAGGGACUUGAUUAUGAAACUGCCAUGGGGAGAAUACAUGCCAUUCUUUCAGAUGGAACUAUCGUCACAGAUGUUGAGGCAUUUAGAAGACUGUACGAGGAAGUAGGACUUGGAUGGGUUUAUGCUGUUACUAAGUAUGAACCUGUAGCUACCAUGGCAAAUGCAGUAUAUGGUGUGUGGGCAAAAUACCGUAUGCCAAUUACAGGUCGACCUCCGCUAGAAGAGAUUAUGGCAUCCCGAAAAGCUGCAGGCGAAUGUAAAGAUGACAAAGUAUGCAAGAUGUGAGCCUGAAAAUGUUGGUCUACCCUGCUGCAUUGCUGACCUCUAGCUAUGCUUAGAUAGGCACAUACACACAUAGUCUGAACGCUAAAUAUAAUCGCAGUGGUAUGAAAAGAAUCGAGAAUAGCUUAUACAACAGUUUGUUGAAGUAAAUAAUGAUGCAACUGUACACUGUACCCGUUCGAUGGUAAAGACAUUGUAAAUGCCAUUUUAUGGCGAAAAGUUCCAUGGACUGUUCUCGUUUUUAUCUUAA